GCCAGACUGCAUCCAGCGAUGGCUGGCGUGCAGGUCCCUGUUCCACCGUCUCUUCAUCCCUGUCCUCUCUGCCCCACACUCACCGCCCGUGUCUUGCAGGUGGCUCUUCGCAUCCGACCCAUGAGUGUGGCUGAGCUGCAGAGGGGGGCCAGGCCCAUUGCCCACCGCCUGGAUGAGCAGGUUGUGGUGCUGCGAGACCCCACACAGAACCCUGAUAAUGUCCUGCGUGCCAGCCGCUCCCGGGAGAAAUCCUACGUCUUUGAUGCAGCCUUUGAUUCCACGUCCACCCAGGAGACCGUGUACCGUGCCACCACCCAAGGCUUCAUCGCAAGCGUCAUCUCAGGCUGCGAUGCCACCGUCUUUGCCUAUGGCCCCACUGGCUGCGGGAAGACCUACACUAUGCUCGGCACCGACAGCGAGCCUGGCAUCUGUGCCCGCGCCCUGGGUGACCUCUUCCAUGCCAUCAAGGAGUGCAGCAGUGAUGCAGAGCAUGAGGUCUCCAUGUCCUACCUAGAGAUCUACAAUGAGGUGAUUCGGGACCUGCUGAGCCCCUCACCACACUCCCUGCAGCUGUGCGAGGAUUCCCACGGCACCGUGAGAGUGGUCGGCAUAACUGAAGUGUCGGCCGGCAGCACCGAGGAGGUCCUACAGCUGCUGCUGAGGGGGAAUCAGAGGCGGACACAGGAGCCCACAGCCGCCAACCACACGUCGUCACGUUCCCACGCUGUGCUGCAGGUCACCGUGCGGCCACGGGGACGGGGACUGCGCUGCGGGCGGCUCCAACUGAUCGACCUGGCAGGCUCCGAGCGGGCAGCGUGGGUACAGCACGCACCCCUGGGAAAGCCCGGGCCCCUUUUUAUUGCUACCACACUUUUGCCUUCACCCCGCCGCCCAGACGCAGAACCGUGGGCAGAGGAUGAAGGAAGGAGCGCACAUCAACAGGUCACUGCUGGCCCUGGGCAACUGCAUCAAGGCGCUGAGCAAGCCGGGGGGCAGCGCCCACGUCAACUACCGCGACAGCAAGCUGACCCGCCUGCUGAAGGUGCGAUGGCGUCGGGGGGGCAUGGGCUGCUCCCCCCACCCCGCUCAGCUGUGUGCUUUGCUGCCCAGGACUCGCUUGGAGGUAACAGCCACACGGUGAUGAUCGCCCACAUCAGCCCUGCCAGCACCGCUUUUGAGGAGUCCCGCAGCACGCUCACCUACGCCCAGCGCGCCAAAAGCAUCCGCCCCACGGUGAAGCACAAGCUGCUCAGCAACUCACCCCAUGGCAGCAUUGUGGCCAACCUGCGUGGGGACAUCCAACACCUCAAGCACCAGCUGUAUGCCACACCAGGGCCAGGCAAGCACCGCGCCAUCCGCUACACGCAGGCCCAGGUCCAGCUGCGGGAAAAGCUGCUCAAUGCCUGCCAUGAGCAGGCGGCUCUGUGCCAGCACCUGGUGCAGCUGGAGGGCACAGCGCUGCACACCCGGCUGGCAGCUGCCCGGCACCUCCGCAUCCUCACUCGCUGGAAGAGGAGAGCGUGGCGCAGGGGCAAGGAGGGGCGAAGGGAGCCGGGGGGGCCCAAUGAGAGCAGGAGGAACAUGGACAUGGAUGUGCCGGAACCACCCAACGUGAUCACAGCACGGGAGAGCUUCAUGGCACUGGUGGAGGAGCAGGGCAGACUCCAGGAGCAGAAGGCAGAGCUGGAGAGGCGCUUCCAGCAGAGCCAGCAGCACACGCGGCGGCUGGAGGAGGCUGUGCAGCGCGGGAGCAGCUCUGUGCAGCAGCAGGAGGUGCUGGCCCUGCUGUGCCGCCUGCACCAGCUGCAGCUGCACAAUGCAGAGCUGCACUCCCGCUCCCUGCUCCAGGGUGGCCCCUGGCACUUCCCAGCCGCUGCCACGCAACCCUUCAACCAGCACCGGGCUCCCCGUGCCAUGGAGGUGAGCACAGCGUGCCCACGGCACCAGGGCCAGGCGAGUGGCUGCGCCACGCUGACGGUGCCACUGCGCCUUGGAGGAGACAUUGAGCAGCACCAAAAGCAUCGUGGCCACGGCUGCUCCGUGUCAGUCCCGUGUGCCACGCACCCCCGAGCUGAGGCGUGCUGCCAGCGGGGACAGCCUGGAGGGGACAGCCACCCUCCUGGGGGCCAUCCAGCCCAGCCCCUCCCCAGGCGCCUGACUGUGAGUGUGCAAAAAGCUGGAGAGGGAAGAGCUGUUGGAUGCCAAAAGGAGAGAGAGGCAGCUGCAGCCCUUCGAAGUGACCAACCACGAGGUAGGUGGCAGCAGCACCACACCCCGCUGAGAGCAUCAGGGGACACAUCCCUGCCCAUCUCCCCAGCUCCAGGCAGGGCCAACACCCACCGCUCGGCCACAUCGUGGCGAUUGGCACAAGGACCUCCAGCAAGGACAGGUGGAACCCCUGGUGCUGAGCCGAGCUCCCUGCUGAAGCACAGCCGUCCCAGUGCCAAGCAGAGGGCUGAGCACCCAUCCUGCCCACCUCAGCGCCCCACAUAGUGCACAGUGCCAGCCCUGCUGGGGCCAGUUGACCAAACCUCCCUGUGGGACGCACACAGCUGUGCUGAGCAGUGACCCUGCGGCUGCUCAGCACCUCCAUGGCUCAGCAGAGCGGCACAGGAGCUGAGGUUUACCCUUUUGGAGCAAUAAAAGGAGGCACGUGGAGACUGGGAGUGGUGUGACAGCUGAUGCGUCCCUGUGCCCACCCAUCCUAAGGCACACGGGAUACCCAAAGAUGCCCCGGACUCCCCAUA